AUAAAAAGAGUCGUAGCCAUUUUGACAACUUAAAAUACUCUUAACAAGCAAAGCGUUUACGAUCAAGUUCUAAACAAAGAACGAGAAAAGUGUAAUUUUGGACCAUUUUUUUGCAUAAUAAAAAGUGAAAGUGAAGCGAUUGUGUUAUUCUGUAAAAUGGCAUACAGUUAUGAUUACUCUACUUCGUCGGAUGACUACAACAACGACGACUAUGAUGAAAGUGAUGAAGAUUUUUUGGUCGAUUGUCCCCAUUGCCCAAAUCCAGUGAAACGAAGCAAUUAUGAUGCGCAUAUGGAAAAGGUUCAUACGUGCGACGAAUGUGGCAAUCAAAUGCCAAAGGAAGCUCUUAAAGGCCAUAAGGAUCGUAAACAUAUGGAGAUUUGCUUAACUUGUGGAAAGCAAAUGCUUGCAACUCUGAUGAAACAACAUAUUAAGACGCAUAAUCAGCAAUGCAAACAUUGUAAAUUAAGUUUCCCUCAACAAACUCUAGAAAAACAUAUCCAAGACAAACAUCCGUUUCACUCAACACUGGGCAUGAUCUGCUUGGACAAGAUCACCGAUGCCGAAUUCAACAAGUUAGUUGCAGCGAAUCGCAUUUAUUCGAAAGACGGUCAUUUAUUCAAGAGACUUUAAAUUUCUUCCCAUCAAAUUACACGCAUUUUUUUAAAAAGAGGUAUGGAAACAGUAACAAAAGAAUUUUGAUUGAUUUUAUUCAAUUAAAUUGGAA